AUGGCACCCUUUCCUACCAAACUUUCACUACUCACCUUAAUACUUUACUUCUCGUGGGCACAAUAUAACCCUAACCACCACCACGUGAAUGCUUUAAGAACAUCCGGAAAUGUCACAACUGAGAAGAAAAAUCUUCUAGACGCAGGUGUAAGAACACUAAAAUCCAAGUGGAGUAAUGAUGAUGGUACAUCAAACAACAACAACAACGAUGACGACGUCGUCCCUUUAAGGACGGAAAGAAUGGGCGUCCACUUUGAUCAGAACCAUAAAAAUUUAUUUCACCGAUUCCAUGCAGCAAAAAGUGGUAACAAUGGUAACAAUGGACUCCCCAAAAUGGAUAAUAAGGGUGCUUCCUAUCACCCUUUUUGGAAGAACCGCCGCCGUUGCGAUGCAAUAGACCGCUCUUUGGACAGCAGUUCCAUGGAAAGUGUUACUUCCAUAUCAACAAAUAACAGUAGCAGCAGCCGUUUCUGCUCUUUGGACAGCAGUUCCAUGGACAGUUCUGUGGACAGUCUCUUUGAGGAGCGAAGUGAUGACUAUCAUUAUGAUGAUUAUUCAACACCACAUAUAAAAAAUGUAAAAGCAAUUAAUAGAAGAAGAGAAGUGUUAUUCCAACCUAGGGAAUUCCAUCCCCCAGGGGAAUUUCGACCUAGAGGAUUUUUUAAUAAAUUGUUGUAUGCUAUAAAAAGAAGAGCGACAAGACGAGCAUUGUCACCGUUCUUGUCAUCACCACUCGUAUUGACCCUUUCGAUUUUAUAUGUAUUAGCUUUGUGUUGUAUAGGUGUGAUUGUGGUCCUUUCGGUAGGUGGUCCACCACUACCAUACUCGUGGCCCCUUUGUGGUUUUGCUAUUGUUGCUUUUAUGGUAUGUAUUCUUUUCAGUGUACGAUUAGCGACAAAAUGA